AUGCCGAGCUACGCGGACUGUACCGCGGUAGGCCCCGGCUGCCCCGUGCAAGCAACUACCUAUGGCUAUUAUCCCAACUUGGGCGGCAACAUCUUUUUCACGGCCUACUUUGGCGUGUUGGCUCUGUUACAACUCGGGUUCGGCAUCUACUUUCGCACCUGGACCUUCAUGGUCGCUCUGGGAGCCGGCACUCUGAUGGAAAUGGCCGGGUACAUUGGCCGAGUGCUCAUGCAUCACAAUCCAUGGAAUCAAGGCGCAUUCAAGCUGCAAAUCGUGUGCUUGGUCCUUGCGCCUACUUUUGUCGCCGCGGGCGUCUAUCUCACCCUCAAGCACAUCGUCUUGAACCUCGGGCCGGAACACUCCAAGCUCAAGCCCCAACUGUUCACCUGGAUCUUCAUCAGUUGCGAUAUUGGCUCGUUGAUCCUGCAAGCCGCGGGUGGCGGUGUUGCCGCGGCCGCCGGCAAGAACAAUGCGUUCCUUCUCAAGGUGGGCGAUGAUAUUAUCAUUGCCGGUAUCGCCUUUCAGGUUGCAACCAUGGUGAUCUGCGGUCUACUUGGAGCCAACUUCUUCUGGAAUUUAUAUCGCAGUGGGAACGGCCUUUCUGGGGAGAAGACCUAUGAGGAUCCCUCUCCGUCGGUCUCUCCUUCGCGUAUAAAGCUCGUGAUCAUUGCUGAGGUCUUUGCCUAUCUUACUGUUUUGAUUCGUUGUAUCUAUCGUAUCCCCGAAAUGGCUGGCGGUUGGGGUAGCCCUCUCAUGCAAAAGGAGAACGAAUUUCUCGUGCUCGAUGGAAUGAUGAUCGCACUCGCCUGUACGGCCUUUACCCUGGUUCACCCCGGACUCUUCAUCCCAUCCAUGCGAACGGGGUAUAAGAACCGCCCACAAUAG